GUUCCAUGAGCAUGCGCUCAGUGACUUCAAUAAACCUAUUUUGUGUUUCUCUUCGCGGCAAAACGGACGACGAUUUGAGUAGGUAUUUAGUUUCGGUCUAACACGCGGUCGGUGCGGUCGUUGUCAACGUGCGCCCUCUGUCUGACAUUGGCUGAAACUCGCACAAAUAUACUGUCCAAUCUAAUGUGCAUUUAAUGGGAAAUAUUCGAAAUUUAUGAAACAAAAUGUGUAGAACGCAGUGUUUGUUCGCUAUCCUCGCGAUCACGAUCAACCUAGUGAACUCCUGGGACAUAGCCAUAACAACUGGGGACCAACUAGAAUUUUAUACGAAUCAAACAAAAACGAGCAAUGAAGGAAUCAGAUUUAGAGAUCUCACAGCGUUAGCGUACGACGCGGUUCACAACAUGCUGUUAUUUGUCGAUAAACAAAAUGACAAUGCUUCGAUAUUUAGCUACAAUUUACUUACUAGAAAAUACCAACCUCUAGUCGGUCGGAGAUCUUAUGAAAAUAUUCAGGGGUUAGCUUUCGAUCCUGUCACGGCAAAAAUGUUCUGGACCGAUACUAACGAGAGAAGUAUAUACUGGAUAUCCCUUUGGCCGAGACCGAAGAACAACAUCUAUGGUAAUCUUUUGAUAAAGAUGGACGACGAAAUCCCGAGAGACAUUGCCGUUGACAGUUGUAGAGGCUACAUUUAUUGGACGAACACAAACAUUACAAAACCAACAAUCGAGAGAGCACGUUUCGACGGCAGUGAAAGGAAAAUUAUCGUUGACACUAAUAUCCACAUGCCUGUCAGUAUUGCUAUAGAUCAGAGAACGAAGCGACUGUACUGGGCCGACGAUAAAGAAGGCAUUCACUACUCCAUUGAAUCGUCAGAUUUAGAGGGGAAAGAUAGAAAAACAAGAUUAGUCGGCACUUAUCACCAACCGAACGCAUUAACCGUAUCGAAAGAUAAUAUUUAUUGGGUCGAUUGGGGUUUUAAAUCAGUUUGGAAACUGUCAAAGAAUGCUCCUCUUAAUACAGAACCUGAAGAACUGAUAGCCUUCAACAAUGAGGUUCCAUUUGGAAUUGUGGCGAAUUAUCAAAUAGCGGACCAAACAGCUGGUGUUUCUGAUUGCACGAUUUUAGCUGGUCUGUCUAACAACAAGACUCUUAUCAAUGAUGCAAUCAAUAUUCCAAAGGACGUUGGCUUGUUUUGCCUGCACGGAGUUAAAACUGGAAUUUCUGAUUGUAAAUGUUCUCCCGGUUUUACUGGCGAACGGUGUGAAAUAUCGGUUUGCCAAAAUUUCUGCUUUUACGGCGAUUGUAGCCUCAACGACAAAGGUCAACCUGAAUGCAAAUGUAAACACGGCUACAAAGGUACGAGAUGCGAAACCCAUGUUUGUUCACAAUACUGUUUGAACGAAGGCAUGUGUUCUUUGGGCAUUAAUGAAAAGCUUGUUUGUAAAUGUACAAAUGACUUUGUUGGCGAACGAUGUGAAUCGCGCAAAAUUGAACCCACAAUGGCACCAACUAUUGAAGCUUGCAAUUGCACAAGAGGAGAAAAUGCCACAAAGAGUAUAGGAACUUCUGCUAACGAACUUUACAUGGAUGAAAACUGCUCAUCAGGAUGGGACCCCAUACGUGAUCCCAUACUGAUGGUGCUAGGAACACUCUGUGGACUGCUUUGCCUCGUUUGUGCUAUGCUAAUAACCAAGAUUUUGUAUUUGAAGAGACGCCCCAGGAUUAAGAAGCGUAUAAUUGUUAACAAGAACGUGACGCCGCUGACGGCGCGACCCGACCAGUGCGAGAUCACCAUCGAGAACUGCUGCAAUAUGAACAUCUGUGAAACGCCCUGCUUCGAACCAAGGAACGCGAUACGACCGACUCUAGUUGAUGCGAAACCUGGUAAAGAAGAGAAGCGAAAUUUAAUCGCAAAUAUGGAACAAGACGAUAUUUAUUAAAAAUAAAAAAGAAAAUCAUAUCUUACGUACUUAUGUACUUGGUGAUGAGUCCAAAGGUUAUUGUGAUAUUCGAUGUAGGGCGCGACAACCAUGUUAACUGGUUACGUUAGUUAUUUUGGUUUCGUUGGAUUGUAGGUUAUGAAUACGGGGUUGCCAUUUACAAAAUAUUUUUUGAUACUUAACACAGCAAUACCGUUAGUAGACUGUCAUAUUUUAAUGUUAUUAUGUGUGUAACUUUUAUAACCUGAUGACCCCAUAGAUUUCGUAAGACAGCUAAAAGUCCAAUAGAGUUAGAUUUUAAGGUAACCUAUUCUAAAGUUGUACAAGAUAUUGGAAUGUAUUUCGGAUUAUUGAUUUGAUAUGAUUUAUGCAUUUCACAAGGUGCCUUUUCACACGAUGUUCGUUUACAAACUUAAACUCUGCUUCUAAUAGAAUUUUUAAUUUUUGUUUUAAAAUUUCACGUACUUACUACACGUGUAGGUUUAUUUAAUUAUUAUUUUUUGAAAAAUCUACUGCUUUCAUUUGGUUUUUUAUUUCAAUUUCCAUAAAGGUAGCAUUAAAGAUCAUUAGGCGCAUUAUAUUUAGGCGCAUUAUAUUAGGCGCAUUAUAUUUAUUGAAAAUAAUUUAUAAUAAAAUAUUUAUAAUCUUAUACUUAUCAUUCUUAGCGACAUAUUCUAUGAUAAAAUUUAGUUUUUGAAGUAAUCAAAACUAAUAAUUUAUUGAUAUAGACUUACUUUCAAUUUAAUUUCAAAAGCACUUUUCAUCCCUUAUUUUAAUUUAAAAAAUACUGAUAACGAUUUUAUUAAAAAUAACAUGAUAAUUGUUUCACAAUAAUAAAAUAAUAAACAUUUAAGUAAGUAAGUAAAUCAAAAAAUCGUAAACGCCGUUUUCGAAAGAUAACAUAAGUUUUAAACUAGGGCAAAAUAUAUGUAAAAAUAAACUUAUAUAACAAGUUUAUUUACUUUCUUAACUUAUAUACCAAAUUGUAAACAAAAAAAAUAGGUUUUUUAACUUGCACCAAGCAAUUAAUACGUACACAACUAAUUGUCAUUCAAUUAUUUAAUAUAAUUUCAAUAUUUUAUUUAUUUUAAACACUUGACGAAUGAGCGAAAAUAGUCCCAUUGCUUUCAAUUUAUAGUUAAUUAUUUCUAGUAUUAACAAUGUAUUUUCAAAACUACAUUAAUUAAGUUACAUAGUCUUAUUGUGAUUAUAAAAAAAUAUUAUCGACAUUGUUAAUAAUCCAUAAAAAAGAAAUCAAUAAAAGAGCAACGGUACUUUACUUAAUAAACAAUUCUACUUCAAUGUAUGAAUAUGUUUGAUAAUAGUUUAAAUUGAAAGCAUAUUGGACUGUUUACCUUGUGAAAAUCCAACGCGUGCGUUGAUUAUUGUAAGUUUCCAAAUAAUAUUCGAUAAUAUUUUGUUAACAUCAAUUUAGAAUAAGAGUCUACGUUCCUAUAUUUGUAUAAUCAUUUUAAGUACCUCGGAGCAUUCGCUUAGCAUUCUAAAUUACGUGUUCAAUAAAGACCCACCUGGCAAUGUGAAGACAUGACAUGCAAUCUACUUACGAUGUAGUCCAAAAGUUAUAUUGCGUUUUGAAAAUUCUUUUCUAGCUCCAAGUUGGUGUUGCCAACCCCUUUCAAGUGUUGCCAGCUAUAAAUGUUUAAAUGUAACAAAUAGUAUGCCGUUUAUUACAAUUAUUGGUGUCAAAUAUAUUUUUGUAGAAUCUCAGAAUGUACAUUUAAAAAAGAUUUAGUUCAUCAAAAUUUCCGUCUUUAUCUGAAUAUGUUACCAUACUGUUGACCGUGAGACACAUUCAUAUUCUAUGUUUCGCUUCAGAACACUUAUUGUUGGUACUUAGUAUAGUUAGUUAAUUUAGUAUAGCAUUUUUAUUAGAAUUAGCUUAGUUCGUGGAUUAAUAAUAUCCACAUCAGAAAUGUGAUAUUAUUGAGUCUUUGUAUGAGCCUCCAUUAGUGAAAACAUUUACAAAUAAAGUGCUUUGCAAACUAAA